AUGUAUGUGUUUAUUCCAGAUUCUUGUUCUGAAUGUAACCUGCCGGCCCAGAGCAUCUUGCAGGUGGAUAACAUUUAUACAGCUACAGUCCAUGACAUGACGUGUAUGGCGGAGGUGUUCCUGAUAGACACGGGUGAGACUCGCCGGGUCCAAGCUUCAACACUCCAGCCUCUACUGCCACAGUUUGCUAACACUCCACCGUAUGCUCGGUGCUGCCAUCUAGCGGGGCCGGUUUCAGAUGAACUCGAUAACUAUGAAUAUGUAAUAGAGGGAAUUCUGAAGAAGUACAUCGGGAAGACAUGCAAGAUUAAGGUUGAUGACAAUACAAUGGAAUCAUUGGGAGUAUAUGUCAUUAAGUCCGAUACAUCAUCAGACCAUGAAAUUCUUAACGACCUCAUACUCAAAGAGAGUCAGGCUUUAAUAGGUCGUGUGUCUAAGGUCGAUGAGCUUGAUGAAUCAAACUUCGAUGUAACAAACUGUCCUGAAUACGAGGAUCCUCUUGAAACUGUUACGGGUUAUCACAACCGUGUUGAAAUAGACAUCUGCAAGCACUACAAGGGAGGAGCUGACAAGACCUGCUUCAAGGAUGGCUGGACAUUAGAUCAGGUGCCAGUGGUGGCCAAGUGCAGACCACUGCCGCUCCCCGCCCCUGACACUUGGCUGACGGUCAAGGUCACGCACGUCGCGCACUUUGAAUUCUUCUACGUACACAUUGUGGAUUAG